AUGAUGGAUGGCCUAAACGGUUGUGCCAGAGGUGAGAGGCAUGAGCAUGGUUGCAAGAUGGUUGGAGGAGGGAAGGCUUGUCUGACGCCAAAGAAACCAGAUAGUAAAGGCCUCCUUGCUGUUUACCCAGACCAAUCGUCUUCCUCGUAG